GCGGCCUUACAAUAUUUAAUACUAAUGUAUGUUCCUGCAGCACAAGUGACGUUAAGCUGUUGCCAGCCUAUUGAAUCAGUUUGGAGGGUGGGAAGGUCAGUCACUUGAUCCCUGACUGAGUUUGAAUCUAUUGUAUUUCCAUUAUUAUUUCUCCUGCUUUCCUUCUCUUUUUUGAAAUAAGCAAUAUAAAACUAAUGUUUCCUCAUUUAAAGCGGCAAGAAUGUCCAGAGUGCCCGACUUGUUUUAACUGUCAAUUGCCAACAAACACGUGUACGAAUGGAGGGCAGUGUAGCAUCAGUGGUGCUUGUACUUGUCCGGCGGGAUGGGGUGACUUGGAUUGUUCACAGCCUUUAUGUGGAUCACUGUAUGAGCCGAACCGACCACCCAGGGAGAUAGAUCAGGAUUGUGCAUGUGAUUCAGGUUGGGGAGGUGUGAAUUGUAACGUAUGUCAACAAGAUCAAUCCUGUCAACCAUUUAAAGGAUCCAACGCAACAUGUCUGAAAAACGCUAUUGGAUUGAAAUCCAUGCAUGCUUGGUGUGCUACUACAAAUAUACCGUGGAUUGACAAUACGCAUGUGUCACUAUCUUGUGAAUGGGGUAAGAAUGAGUGUAUGUUUCAGUUUUGGAAAGAUAGAGAGGAACAGUUUUAUUGUGAACUUAGUGAAUGUAGUCAAGCGAGUAAGUACCAGCACUUUCUCUCAAAAUUAACAUCUCGCUAAGUUUUUGGAUAUUAGCUUCGGGAGAUAACGAUGUGCAGGGUCAUUGUAAAAAGGCAAAAUGCGGUUGCAUGAAAGACGCCUUCAUGUGCGGUAAAGAAGUAGGUAAGUUUAUUCAAGAAUAUUUGAUAAUAGUUCAAGGUUAACAUGACGGGGGAAAUGUAGACAUGUCCGAAUUGGUAAAAAAUGUAAAAGGACCGUCUGAAUGGUUCUGCAAAAACGGAAAAAAUUGUUGGUACAACGCGUCUUUCCUGACAAUAUUCAGCUUGCGUGUGAUGU